AUGGCAGCUUCUAAAGGCAGACAAUUUAUACUUCUGCUAUGGAAGAACUUUUUGAUUCAAAAGAGAAAGAAAUUUGUGACUUGUUUGGAAAUUCUUUUACCUGUGUUUUUCGCCAUACUUUUGAUUGUUAUUCGUCAAAUUACAUCAGCUACAUAUCAUAAUGAAAUAACAACAUGGAACCAUUGUGAUGUUGAUCAUUUACCAAGAUCUUUACCUAAAAAAUUCACCUAUACUCCUCAAAAUGAUGUCACAGAUAAAAUUAUGUCUGAUGUUCAACACAAAUUAGGUUUUACUAAAGUCAUUGGUUUCAAAAAUGAAAACAAUAUGGUGGAUUUCCUACUUAUGUCUAACAAUACUGAAAGUUUUCUUGGUGGAGUAACUUUUGAAGAUUCAUUUCAAAAUAAUGGUCAAGAUUUUAAGAACAAUAUUAGGUUUAAGAUUAGGUUAAGUUCUGAACCUAGAAAUGAAGGAGAUAAGAAAAAAGUCAAUCCAUUUUCACAGACGGAUAAUAGAUGGCCAACAAAAUUUAAUUUUCCAUUGUUCCAGAGAGUUGGACCAAGAGAACAAGAUGAACAUUGUGGUGGUAAACCAGGUUAUGAACGAGAAGGUUUUCUAGCCAUUCAACAAGCAGUUAGUAUAGCUAUCAUACAAGAUCUAGGUACCAAUGAUAGUGUAUCUGAUUUAAAUGAGACCUAUUUCUCACUGCGACGUCAUCCUUAUCCACCUUAUAAUGAUGAUAAUUUUGUAUUGGUCAUACAACAACAGUUUCCACUGGUAUUGAUGUUAAGUUUUGUUGUAAUUGCUCUCAGUAUAGUUAAAGAUGUUGUUUAUGAAAAAGAAAGAAAACUCAAGGAAUCAAUGAAGAUGAUGGGUUUAAGUGGAUGGUUACAUUGGUUAGCCUGGUUUGUCAAGUAUUUGAUAUUUGCUUUGAUAACAGUAGGUUUGAUGACUCUGUUCUUCUGUUUAAAGUUGAAUUUAGAUAUUGGUAAAGGAUCUGGUAGUGUUGUUGGUAAUACAGAACCCACUGUAUUGUUUAUAUUUUUAUUGGUCUACUCUAUCUCCAGUAUAUCAUUCUGUUUCUUAAUCAGUGUUUUCUUCUCGAAAGCUAACUCUGGAGCAGCCGCUGGUGGAAUAUUAUUUUUCGUAUCUUAUAUACCAUAUUUCUUCCUCACAUCAAGAUAUCAAAAUAUGUCAUGGACUGCAAAGAUAGCUGCCUGUUUAGAUUUUAAUACUGCUAUGGCUCUUGGUGGUCAAGUUAUUGGUAUGUUUGAAGGAACAGGUACUGGUGUACAAUGGAGUAAUAUUGCUGAUGGAGCAUCAGUUGAUGAUGAUUUUACACUAUUAAAUGUAUUAGUAAUGCUACUAGUUGAUUCAGUAUUAUAUGGUAUAGUAACAUGGUAUAUAGAAGCGGUAUUUCCAGGAGAUUAUGGUGUACCACAACGCUGGUAUUUCCCUGUAACAGCCUCAUAUUGGUGUGGUAAUCAACUCACAGAAGCUUCAGUAGAUGAUAAAUCAUUAAGUAUCGGACAAAUACCAGAGUUCUUUGAAAAUGAUCCAGUUGGCAUUAAACCAGGAAUUCAGAUCAGAAAUCUUAGAAAGGUAUUUGGUAAAGAUGAAAAAAAGAAUGUAGCAGUAGCAGGAAUGACAUUAGAUAUGUAUGAAGGUCAAAUAACAGCUCUAUUAGGACAUAAUGGUGCUGGUAAAACUACUACCAUGUCCAUGUUAACAGGAUUUAUGCCAUCAUCAUCAGGAACAGCUCUAGUUAAUGGUUAUGAUAUAAGAACAGAUAUAUCUAAUGUUAGAAGUAGUCUUGGUCUCUGUCCACAACAUGAUAUAUUAUUUGAUAAUUUAACAGUAGAAGAACAUAUGGUAUUUUUUGCCAAGUUGAAGGGAGUUGAUUCAGUCAAUGUCAAACAAGAAGUAGAUGAUAUGCUUAAAUCAGUUGGUUUAGAACCCAAGCGUAAAUCACUCUCAGGUGAACUGUCUGGUGGAAUGAAGAGAAAAUUGUCUGUUGGUAUUGCUCUGAUUGGUGGAUCAAAGAUUGUAAUCCUUGAUGAACCAUCAUCUGGUAUGGAUCCUGAUGCUAGAAGAAGUAUAUGGAGUGUAUUACAGAAAAACCGUGCUGGAAGAACUAUUAUACUUACUACACAUUUUAUGGAUGAAGCUGAUCUACUCGGUGAUAGAAUAGCUAUAAUGGCUGAUGGUGUUAUUAAAUGUUGUGGCAGCUCUUUGUUUUUGAAGAAAAAAUAUGGUGCUGGUUAUCAUAUGGUGGUAGUGAAACAGGCUAAAUGUAAUGUCAGUAAACUAACAGAGGUAGUUAAAAGAUUUGUUCCGACAGCAACCAUUGAAAGCAAUGUUGGUGCUGAACUGUCCUAUAUAUUACCUCAAGAAAGUUCCUCAAGUUUUGAAGCAUUGUUUACUGAACUACAAGAGAAAAUGAAUGAACUAGCUAUAUCCAGUUUUGGAGCUUCUGUUACAACUAUGGAGGAAGUGUUCUUAAAGGUUGGUGAAGGAAGUAGUAACAUGGAUCGUUUACAAGCCAAGAGUACAGCAGCUGCUGCAGCUUCAAGUAACUCUAAUACUUUCUCAGAUUCUGGUGUUAUUAUAGAUUUAACUACUAAUGGUUCAUUAAAUAAUCGACAACAUUUAGAUUUUGGUAUAAAAGUACAGAAGAAUACUGGUAUAAGAUUAUAUUUACAGCAAUUCUCGGCCAUGUUUCUGAAGAGAGUUCUCCAUACUGUAAGAAAUAAAAAAGUGGCUGUUGCUCAACUAGGAUUACCACUAUUCUUUACCAUUGUGACUUUAAUUGUCCUCAAAACAUUCCCAGGACCAACAGAUGCACCAGCUUUAACUCUAAACAUUGAAGAGUUCGGACGAAACUUCUUACCAUUCAGUACAUCACAAGGUGAUCAUGAAUAUGUGGAUGAUAUUGCAACUUUCUAUGGGAAUUCAUUAAAUAAAAGUGAAAAUGUUCUGACCUAUAUCAAUAGAUUGAAAGAGUAUCAGAACAACUCAGAUAUUGUGAAAUAUUUAGCUGACAGAGCCAAAGAAGGCAUCGGAAAUUACAAUUUGAGAUACAUCAUUGCAGCAGAAUUCUCUGAAGACAAUACACUGGGAAAUAUUACAAGUUUUUUUAAUAAUCAGGCAUACCACAGUCCCGCAGUUACUCUAGCUAGCAUGAUGAAUUCUGUGUUAAAAUGGGCGACUAAUUCUAGUAAACAUAGUUUAACUGUUGUCAACCAUCCUCUACCUCGAACAGAUUUAAACAAAAUUGAUGAACAAGCUAACCAAAAUUUAGCUGGUUUUCAGUUGGCAUUCAAUAUUUUAUUUGGAAUGUCAUUUCUAUCAAGUAGUUUUAUUCUGUUUUUAAUAAAAGAACGUUCUGUGAAAGCGAAACAUGUACAGUUUGUCAGUGGAGUUCAUGCAGUCAAUUUCUGGAUUGCCACAUUUUGUUGGGAUCUUAUCAACUAUCUUAUACCAUGUAUUUUGUUAUUGAUAACGUUUGCUGGAUUCGAUACCAAGCCGUAUAUAGUUGAUGGUCAUUGGUUAGAUAUAUUUUUUCUAUUUUUGAUGUAUGGUUGGGCUAUGUUACCACUGAUGUAUUUAAUGUCCUUCCUGUUUAAAGUACCAGCUACUGGCUAUGUUUGGGUGACUAUGAUCAAUAUAUUAUCAGGAGUAGCAUGUGUUAUGGUAGUAGCUAUAUUAGAAAUACCACAGUUAGAUUUACUAGAUGUAUCAUUAACAUUAGAAUGGAUAUUUCUUGUUAUCAUACCACAUUUCUGUCUUGGACAAGGUUUAGAGGAUUAUUAUAAUAACUAUGAAAUGUUAACUCAAUGUAAACCAUUACAAACAUUUUGUAAAAUAGCUCCAGAGUUUCCCAAUCCUUGCUGUAAACCUGUAACUGGGUAUUGUGGUGCUAAUACAACAUGUUUAGAUAUUAAUGAUAACUAUCUAGGAUGGGAAGCUAAUGGUAUUGGAAGAAUGUUAGUCUUUUUAUUUCUACAAGGCAUAGUUUACUUUGGUGGUUUAUUUCUAAUUGAAUCCAAAAUAGUUCAGACUAUAUUAUAUAAAUUUAAGAAAGGAAAUGGAAGAGAAAGGCCAACAUAUUUACGUCAAAUGAGUAAUAAUGAACAUUUAGUACAAGAAGACAGUGAUGUAGCUACAGAGCGAGCCAGGAUAGCAAACUCAUCCUUUAGUACCUCCAACCAAUCAGAUGUUUUGUUAUUAAAUGAAAUCACCAAAUAUUAUGGUAACCAUUUAGCUGUAGACCAUAUAAGUGUGGGUAUACCUCAAGGAGAAUGUUUUGGUCUAUUGGGUGUUAAUGGUGCAGGAAAAACGACCACAUUUAAAAUGCUGACUGGUGAUGAAGAAGUGUCAGCUGGUAAUGCCUUCCUGGAAGGAUUUAGUGUUAAAUCUGACAUUCAUGAUAUUCAACAAAGACUAGGUUAUUGUCCUCAGUUUGAUGCUCUGAUAGAUCAGUUAACAGGUAGAGAAACAUUGAUGUUAUUUGCUAGAUUACGUGGUGUACAAGAGUUUCAGAUUAAACCUAUGGUAAAGAAUGUAUUAGAGGCGUUGUUAUUGAAUGAUCAUGCUGAUAAAUUAACUAUGGCAUACAGUGGUGGUAAUAAACGUAAAUUAAGUACAGCUAUAGCUCUGAUUGGUUCACCACCUAUUAUAUUUCUGGAUGAACCUACUACUGGUAUGGAUCCUGUAGCUAGAAGACUAUUAUGGGAUACAUUAGUAGAUGUACGUGAUAGUGGUAGAACUCUAGUCCUAACAUCACAUAGUAUGGAGGAAUGUGAAGCCUUGUGUACAAGAUUAGCAAUAAUGGUGAAUGGGGAAUUUAAAUGUUUAGGGAGUCCGCAACAUUUGAAAAAUAAAUUUGGUGAAGGCUAUACAGUGUUAGCUAAGAUUGCUUUCCCAUCAUCUGGACAACAACCAGAUCCAGAACCAUUGAUGAGCUAUAUUGAACAGCAGUUUCCUGGUAGUGUACUUAAAGAUGUACAUCAAUGUCUGAUACAUUACCAUAUAACUGAUACUAACUUCACCUGGGGACAAGUGUUUGGUGUGAUGGAAAAGGCCAAAGAAAAAUAUAAUAUUGAGGACUACUCUGUCAGUCAGACAACCCUAGAUCAAGUAUUUAUUAACUUUGCUCGAGCUCAACUGCCACCUAAAAUAGUCCACACUAGUUGUUUGAAAUCGUGUUUUAGUUGUUUUAAUGGCUCACAAGUUGAACACAAUCAAUUUGAAUAUGAAAGACAUCAUGAUAACGUGUAA